AUGCUCACAGUUACCUGUGACUGUGGACGGUUGCGUCAAGAGCGACGCUGUAAUGCCGCCAAGGCGGUCAUUUCCAAAGGCCAGGUUCAGCAACAGGAGCGUUUGCCAACGCUUACUCCGUUAACCUGCGACGAGGAAUGCUCGCGCUUGGAGCGCAAUCGAUCUUUGGCAUCUGCUCUCGGUGUCGAUAUCAACCAACAAACCACCGUGCAAGCCUUCACGUCGAGCAAUCUUCCUUACUCCUCCGAGACGUUGGACCAGUACAUCAAGCUUGCCUCAGCUGUCUCUCUCUCGACACUGCAAACGUACGAGUCCACCUUGCAUUCUCUGGCGAUGGAUACAACCAAUCGGUCGAUCCGCUUCCAACCGGCAAAAAAUCCCCUCCGGGCAUUCGCACACUCCCUCGCCGCAGACUGGGGCUUCGUAACAGAAAGCCACGACCCCGAGCCUCACCGCCACGUCUUCGUUCUGAAACCGCUUACCUGGAUACCUCCCAUAUACGGACUGGGUAGCGGAUCCACAAUUGGCAUAGGCGGAAUGAGCGUGCGCGAAUGCGUGAAACUACGAGAGCGGGAACGCACCAAGGAGCGCGAGAGUCAACGCGCCGCCGCCCUGGAGGCAAAAGCCGUCCGGGAUGCGGCCAAAUCACAGGCUGGCGGCGCCGACGGGUGGGCUCAAGUUGCAUCUCGGGCGAAAAAACCCGGUGCAGACGGUAGCAACGCCAGUACUCGAAGCGCGACUCCUCUCCAGGGCUCGUACUCGAACCCGUUCCAGAGCCGCUCUAUGUUCUCUGCGCUUUCUGGUGGUGUCGAUUCUUCUGGUCCGUCCAAGAAAGAGAGACUUGUGCUAAAAUCUGGCGUUGGUGCUGGCAAGUCGUUGCGGACGCAACCCGCUGAGGUGGUUGAUAGCUGGGAGGAGGCUGAAGAGAAGGAAGAGGAGGUUGAACGGGAGCAGGAGAAGGUGGAUGCGCCGCCGGCGGAACAGCCUGCUCAAGAUGAAAAGGGCCCGGUGGAGGAACAGCCGAAUGUCGCGGAAGAGACCUUGGCAAGUGAGCCUGAAGUCGCUGACGAGGUCAUGCCAGGCCUGUCUCCGAAAGAGUAG